AUGUAUCUUGCGCUGUAUCAUCCUUCCGACAUUCUGGAUUUGAGCGCAGAGCAGUUGCGACACGCGGCGGACAAGGUACUAGCCGAUAAAGCGCUAGGACGCGUCACCGCGAAAGAUUCGGCUCUGAGCGAGAGAGCCGCCGCUGCUGCCGUUUGGGUAGCGAUGAAAACCAAGACCAAGAUCGGCAUGGGUAUGAAACCGAAGAAGACAACGAAAAAGACAACGAAAAAACGGAUACUACCGACAGCGAAACGAGGCGUUGCGUUACCGUUUCUGUCAAUAUUGGGCGCGCUCGGAUCCUUGAUUGGCGGAGCGGCCAGCGUGGCGAAAGCGAUAAAUGAUAGCAAAGCCGCGCGACAAGAAAUUUGUGAUGCUACUGAGCGGAUGUUAUUGAAGGGGGAUAUUCCUAUGAAGGAAUCUUUGGAGAGCAUGGUGAAGGAGCUGCUUCGACAGCAGAAGGAGGAUCGAAAGCGGUAUGACGCUAUUUUGGAGCAACAGCAGCAGCAGCAGCAGUUGCUACAACAACUGCAGCAGCAAGAAGUGAAUGCAGUAAAUCGGCGAGGACAGGGACAUGGGCGUAGCCGGGCCCAAUGGUACCUCCGCCGUCAUUAUCGUGACGCACCAAGGCAAGAUACCAAUGACCAUAGUCAACAAGAUGGUGAUGGUCAACAAGAUGGUGGUGAUGGAGGUGGUCGAGGUGGCGGUAGUCGUGAUGGCGGUAGUCGUGGUGGCGGUCACUACCACGAAAGUUCCGCCAUUCUUAAUUAUAGCAAAGAAGAAUUAAUCAGAAUGAAACGAUCAUCGUUCAAUUAUAUUUUUAAUAUGAUAAGACCUUCAUUAAUAAAUAUUUCAAACUGUGGACGUAAAAAAAUAUCACCCGAAAAACAAUUUUUAAUUGCAAUAUGGAAAAUGGCAACUCCAGAUUCAUAUCGAUCCAUUUGUGAAAAAUUUAAUAUAUCAAAAGCCACAGUAUUAAAAUCUGUAAGAAGAGUGACUAAGGCAGUCACUGAACUUGCUCCUCUUUUUGUGAAAUGGCCAGAAGGUAAUAGAUCAGAAACAGUUAUUAACAGAUUUCCUGCAACUAGUGGUUUUCCCGGAAUAAUAGGAGCCAUAGAUGGCACACAUAUUAAUAUUAGAGCACCACAUAUAAAUCCUGAAUCUUAUGUCAACAGAAAGGGACAUCAUAGUAUACAAUUACAAGCUAUUUGUGAUCAUGAACUGCUAUUCACUCAUUGUCUUGCUGGACAUGUUGGUUCCGUUCAUGACCAAAGAGUGUUUCGCUUAUCUGAAGUUUCUGACUAUUUAGAAGAUGAAACAAAAUUUUCUAAUGAUAGCCAUUUAGUGGGUGAUGCCGCAUACACUCUUCAUGAGCAUUUAAUGACACCGUUUCGUGACAACGGACACCUUACAGAUAGACAAAAAAAUUAUAAUUUUUGUCAUUCAUCCGCUCGAAUUAAAAUCGAGCAAGCAUUUGCUCUUCUCAAGGGGAGAUUCCGAAGUUUACUUACAGUUUUGGACAUGCAACGUACUGAUUUAAUCCCAGAGUUUAUUAUUGCUUGUUGUAUUUUACACAACAUAUGUCUACUGCAAAAUGAUAUUUUAAUUGAAGAAUUAAAUUUUUUAGAAAAUAGUGACAUUGAAACAGUAACUGAAAGGAGAAAUAAGGAAGGUCAGAGAAAACGGAAGACAAUUUGUGAUAAUUUAAUAAUAAGAAAAUAA